ACAUACACAUAUGAGAACCAAUGAUGAUCAUGGAGUAUUUAUUAGCACUACCUCUUAUAGUUUCUUUUGUGUUCAUAAGCAUUAUUAUCCAUCAAAUUCUCAAAUCCAAAUUAGCCAUGAGAACACCUAAAUCAACCAAAUUCCCACCAGGACCUAAACCUUUACCAAUCAUAGGAAACAUCUUAGAACUUGGUACCCAACCUCACCAAUCACUUGCUAAGCUUUCUCAAACUUAUGGACCAAUAAUGACACUUAAGCUUGGUACCAUAACCACCAUAGUUAUCUCAUCUCCUAUGUUAGCCAAACAAAUCCUCCAAAAAUAUGACCAAAUUUUUUCUUAUAGAACAAUUCCGGAUACCAUUAAAGUACUUGAUCACCACAUGUAUUCAGUGGGAUGGUUACAACCUUCGACUCAAUGGAGGAUCCUUAGGAGAGUUUGUGCUACAAAAGUGUUCUCUCCAAAACAACUUGAUUCCACGCAAGUUCUUCGACAAAAGAAACUGCGAGAAUUAAUGGAUUUUGUGAAAAACAAAAGUGAAAAAGGCGAAAUCUUGAAUUUCAGUGAGACUUGUUUUACAACUGUACUUAAUUUUAUAUCUAACGCUUUCUUUGCAAUGGAUUUGGGUCAUUACGACUCUUCUGAGUCUCAAGAAUUCAAGGAUAUAAUUUGGAGCGGUGGGGAAGCAGCAGGAAAGCCUAAUGUAGUGGAUUUUUUUCCAUUCCUUGGAUUACUUGAUCCACAAGGUGCACGUGCAAGGAUGACCAAGCAUGCUAAAAAGUUGAUUGCCUUUCUUGAUGGUCUUAUAGAAGAAAGAUUGAAGUUAAGGGCUCUAGAAAUUGAGACUACCAAUAAAAGAGGCAAAGAUGUGUUAGAUUCUGUUUUAGAAGUUAUGCUGGAAGAGAAUUCUCAAGUGACUCGUCUCCAUGUUGUGCAUCUCUUCUUGACAUUAUUUGUUGCUGGAGUAGACUCAACAUCAAUCACCAUAGAAUGGGCAAUGACAGAGUUAUUACGUAAUCCAGAAAAACUUGAAAAACUUAGAAAAGAGCUUCAUUGUGUUCUUGGCAAUGCUGAACAAAAUGUUGAAGAAUUACAUAUAUCAAAGCUUCCUUUUCUAACAGCAGUGAUUAAAGAAACUUUACGACUGCAUCCACCGGGUCCAUUAUUAGUACCACACAAGGCCCACGAAGACGUUGAGAUAAGUGGUCUCAUGAUACCUAAAAAUGCACAAGUUUUGGUUAAUAUAUGGGCCAUGGGGAAAGAUCCAACUAUUUGGGAAAACCCUAAUGAAUUCAUGCCUGAAAGAUUCUUGGAUAGUAAAAUUGAUAUUCAUGGACAUGAUUUUGAAUUUAUUCCCUUUGGUUCUGGAAGAAGAAUAUGCCCUGGAUUACCAUUGGCUUAUAGAAGUGCACACAUUGUGUUGGGUUCUCUUCUAAAUGGCUAUGAUUGGAAGCUAGCAAAUGGAGAACAACCAAAAGAUUUGGAUAUGUCUGAGAAAUUUGGACUUACUUUGCAUAAGGCUCAACCUCUCCAAGCCAUUCCUAUAAAAUCACAACCAUAAUGAAGAUGCUGCUUAUUACAAAUAAAAGAGCAAUGUUACUGCUCUUCUUUAUUGCCGUUUUUAUUUUGUAGAUUUUAUGAAGCAUUAAAUAAAAUACUUUAAUUUUAAUCUAUUAGAAGUGUAAAAUAGUUUUAUAUG